GCAGAUGUCACUACUGCAUCAUUAGAAUCCGUUGAGUUCGCAUUUUCGAGGAAUAUUAACAAAGUGAUUUUAAAGGAGAAUUACAGCAAUAUAAAGUUAUUAAUUCUUAGCUAUUUGUUAAUAUAAAUAUUUUUAUAAUUAAAACACAUUUAAUCGUAAUGUUCUUAGGUACCAUAAUUGCAUAGCAUCUUAACUUAGAAAAGUAUUUACAUCAUUAAACGUUUUUUACUACGGCGGAAUAUUUUAACUAAUUUCUAACUAACUUUCAGAAUGCAACGAAUAUUUACCAUAUCUAAUCAUUUGAAAAAUGGGGCAGCUCUUUCAAAAAAUUGCAAAAACAUAUUGUUAACCAAGCCGAAUUCGGCCAAGCUAUCGGACGAAGUGACAAAAGCCCAAACAGCUCAAUUCGGUGGUGACACAAUAUUUGGUAAAAUUAUUCGUAAAGAAAUUCCAGCAGAUAUAUUGUACGAGGAUGAUAAAUGCCUGGCUUUUCACGACGUAUCGCCUCAGGCUCCAAAUCAUUUCUUAGUCAUUCCUAAAAAGAAUAUUAGUCAAAUAUCUAAGGUCACAGAUGAUGAUAGUGAGUUAUUGGGGCAUCUUUUGAAUACGGCGAGAAAGUGUGCUGAAAAAGAAAAUUUGGCCAAUGGUUACAGAAUUGUAAUCAAUAAUGGUAAAGAUGGAGCUCAGUCGGUGUAUCACCUGCAUAUUCACGUCCUAGGAGGCAGGCAAAUGGAAUGGCCUCCGGGUUAA